GACAUAGACAACAGUUGAGCCUCGCAGACACUUUCAACUCUAAUUUUAAAUUGACAUUUAAUUUUAUUAAAACUGAACCAAGUACAUUACACAAUUAUGUUGCUAGGAUACAACGAAUGCUUGGGUUAAAGUUUAUACUGCUAACUCAGCUGUCUAACAAGUUUUCUUACUUUAUUCGGUAGUUGCAUUGAGUUGAAGUAAGUGAUCUGCUUGGACACAUUGUCAAGGCUUUUCAUCACUAUGCCCAGCCAUGCCAUAUUUUAAAACAUCUCAAAGAAAUCCACCAUUGUCAACAUUAUUGGAUAUUCAGACACAGAAAUGUGGACAGAGGGGCACAGUUUUCUCAGUCAAUGGAAAUGAAUACACUGGAGAGUGGCAGGACAACAAGAAGCACGGGAACGGAACUCAGGUGUGGAAGUAUGGUGCCAUUUAUAAUGGAGAGUGGAAAUAUGGAAAACGUGAUGGAGAUGGUACCUACAGUGUGCUGGUCCCAGAAACAAAGCAAUAUGCAAGGAAGUACUGUGGUGGAUGGAAAAAUGGAAAGAAACAUGGGUAUGGGAAGUAUUUCUACAACAACUCAGCAGUUUAUGAGGGGGAGUGGAGUGAGGACCUUCGAAGUGGCUGGGGAAGGAUGUGCCAUGAGAGCGGAGAUAUCUAUGAGGGAGAGUGGAUGAACGAUAAGAAUCAUGGACAGGGCAUCAUCCGAUUUGCAAAUGGAAAUUGGUAUAAAGGCUCCUGGCGAGAUGGCAAGAAGAAUGGUAAUGGAAAGUUCUACUAUUCUGAAAAAGGCCAGCUUUAUGAAGGCUUUUGGGUGGAUGGAGUCGCAAAAUGUGGGACCCUGUCUGAUUUUGGGAGGAAUGAAGCACCAACACUGACAAAGUAUCCAAUUCCACAGAUACAGCUGGUGGAUAUGCAGUUGGUUUUAAGGGAAGCCCAGUCAGCCUACACUGAGAGGAUCAACAGCAAGUUUCCACUCCAUGACACAUUAACCGAUAAAGAAUAAAAAGAGAAAAUAAAUGGCAUGAUGGCAUUCAAGAUGUUCAGUUCUGACCAAACAUAUUUACACCCAAGUAUUUUAGUUUGUUCUUCUCUGUGGAGUAGACCAAAAUCCCCUUGUGAUAUUUCAAAUGACUUGGAUACAACAGUGAUAUAAUUUAACAUAACAGAUUCACAAGUUUAAAUUGGUGAGAAUUAAAUCCCAGUUAAAUUUAAUCAGCUUGAUUGAAAAGCACUCCAUGGGUACUUAAAGGUGAAUGAUGGAAGCAACAUGCUAAUGCAGGAUAUGUGAGACAAGAGAAGCACUGGGGCUUUAUAAAAUGAAACAGAGGAACACUGUUGUCUAAUAUUAACAAGCACUUCAGAGAGAUUGUAAUCGGAGCAAGGUUUCUUUUCAAGGGUCAAGAGGAUAAAUGACAAUUCGCCAUCAGACAGGCCUAGCUCAGUUGGUGAUAAGAUGUGAAAACAGAUAUAUAUCAACUCUACUUGUGAACUUAAAAUGUUGCAUUUGCAAAAUAAAAUUUUCUAGGUGUA